AUGGACGCGAUCAAGAAGAAGAUGCAGGCGAUGAAGCUGGAGAAGGAUAACGCCCUUGACCGCGCAGCGAUGUGCGAGCAGGAAGCCAAGGACGCCAACCUUCGCGCCGAGAAGGCUGAGGAAGAGGCCAGACAGCUCCAAAAGAAAAUCCAGACGAUUGAGAACGACCUCGACCAGACACAAGAAGCUCUCAUGCAGGUCAACGGCAAACUUGAAGAGAAAGAAAAGGCGCUACAAACCGCCGAAUCCGAGGUGGCUGCACUCAACCGACGUAUCCAGCUGUUGGAGGAGGACCUUGAGAGGUCCGAGGAGCGUCUCGCCACCGCCACCGCCAAAUUGGCUGAAGCCAGCCAGGCCGCCGACGAAUCUGAGCGAAUACGCAAGGCGCUGGAGAACCGGACCAACAUGGAGGACGACCGCGUGGCCAUACUGGAGGCGCAGCUCUCGCAGGCGAAACUCAUCGCCGAAGAAUCCGACAAGAAAUACGAAGAGUUUUGUGUUGUGGCGCCUAGUGCCCGCAAGGUUCUGGAGAACAGGUCGUUGGCCGACGAGGAGCGCAUGGACGCCCUGGAAAACCAGCUGAAGGAAGCGAGGUUCCUCGCCGAGGAGGCUGACAAGAAAUACGAUGAGGUGGCACGUAAGCUGGCCAUGGUCGAGGCCGACUUGGAGCGCGCAGAAGAGAGGGCCGAGGCCGGCGAAUCCAAAAUCGUAGAGCUUGAGGAGGAACUCCGUGUUGUUGGUAACAACCUUAAGUCGCUGGAAGUCUCCGAGGAGAAGGCCAACCAACGCGAAGAGGAGUACAAAAAUCAGAUCAAAACCCUCACCACCCGCCUAAAGGAGGCCGAAGCGCGCGCCGAAUUCGCAGAGCGCUCCGUUCAGAAACUUCAAAAGGAGGUCGACAGGCUUGAAGACGACCUGGUUGCCGAGCGCGAAAAGAGCAAACUCCUGCAGGAGGAGAUGGAGGCCACGCUCCACGACAUCCAGAAUAUG